AUGGCCUCUGUCGAUACCCAACACCCCACCGAGCCAGCUCCCCCCGCUCUCCCCGACUAUGUCACUGAUCCGGACGCCGUUCUCAAGGAUGCGGAAGCCAAUUGGCGGUAUGGUCGCGCCCCGGAUUACUCAAAAACGCGGAAGGUAUUUGCCGAGACUAAGAGCAUGAAUCACGAGGCGCUUUCGCUGCCGCACCUUGUAGAGAAUUUGGUAAAGAAUUGGGAGGUGGAGGCUUCUUUCAAACCGGUUCUGCAAGAUUGGAGGACGGUUGAUCAUGCUAAUUACAGCUUCGCUAUCAAUGGCGGUGAGCCACAGAGCGCCGAACAUAUGCUGAAGCAGGGGACCUACAAUGCCAUCAUUUCCCCAAACGAGUACUACUCACCCAAGUACUCCGAUUUUGCAAGUAGUCACAAGACUUUCAAGCGUAUGAUGCCGACAUUCGCAUGGGAAGUCUUGGAAGUUUACAGUGGGCCGCCGACGGUUUCUUUCCGGUGGCGACACUGGGGAGUGAUGAAAAACGACUACGUGGGUUUUGAUAAUAAAGGACAGAAAGUGACUGCCAAAGCCCACGGUGGCGCAAUUGAUAUCCAGGGAGUCACUGUUGCUACCGUCAACGAGAAACUGCAGCUCCAAUCUGUCCGCACUUGGUUCGACCCGCUCGACAUGUUCCGACAGAUUGCUCCUGAUGGCGUCGUCAAGAAAGAGGCCGUAGACAAGGGCUUAUCUCCUGAAGAUGCCUUGGAUAGCGAGAACAAGGUGGAGUUGGAUCAGAAACUGCGAGUGGAUGAGUCGUCUUAUCCUGCCAACCACCCCCAUAUCGAUGCGCUGUCCUUGGCUGCCAACGCUGGAUGUCCCUUUGCGGAAACCAAUCCGCGAGAAGAGGUCUCACCUUUCCCUCCAGCUGUGGUGGAUAACGUUAAGAUGAAUGAGAUGACUCAACAGCUGGGAGAGGGCAAGGCAAGACUGUCACAUCCCGAACUUCCCAUUGAUGACGUGAAGAUGGAGAUCUUGACAUCUGGGCAACAAGAGGGGUUUGAUCAAGAUCCGCAUCACACCUCAUCGCACUAG